CCUUCAUUCCACCUGGCUACAAUGAACACCUCCGUGCCCCCUGCUGUCAGUUCCAACUUCACCGGCUUGGCAUCAGGAAAGGGUCCCUGGCAAGUGGCUUUCAUCGGGAUCACCACAGGCCUCCUGUCUCUGGCUACGGUGACAGGCAACCUGCUGGUGCUCAUCUCCUUCAAGGUCAACACAGAGCUCAAGACAGUCAACAACUACUUCUUACUGAGCCUGGCUUGUGCGGACCUCAUCAUUGGCACCUUCUCCAUGAACCUCUAUACCACAUACCUGCUCAUGGGCCACUGGGCUCUGGGCACACUGGCCUGUGACCUCUGGCUGGCCCUGGACUAUGUGGCCAGCAACGCCUCUGUCAUGAAUCUUCUGCUCAUCAGCUUUGACCGUUAUUUCUCAGUGACCCGGCCCCUGAGCUACCGAGCCAAGCGCACUCCCCGCAGGGCGGCUCUGAUGAUUGGGCUAGCAUGGUUGGUUUCCUUCGUUCUCUGGGCCCCAGCCAUUCUCUUCUGGCAAUACCUAGUUGGGGAGCGGACGGUGCUGGCUGGGCAGUGCUACAUCCAGUUCCUCUCCCAACCCAUCAUCACUUUUGGCACAGCCAUGGCUGCCUUCUACCUCCCCGUCACGGUCAUGUGUACGCUCUACUGGCGCAUCUACCGGGAGACGGAAAACCGAGCCCGGGAGCUAGCAGCCCUACAGGGCUCUGAGACACCAGGCAAAGGCGGUGGCAGCAGCAGCAGCUCAGAGAGGUCACAGCCAGGGGCUGAGGGCUCACCCGAGUCGCCUCCAGGCCGCUGCUGCCGCUGUUGCCGGGCACCCAGACUUCUGCAGGCCUACAGCUGGAAGGAAGAAGAGGAAGAGGACGAAGGCUCCAUGGAGUCGCUCACAUCCUCUGAAGGGGAGGAGCCUGGCUCAGAAGUGGUGAUCAAGAUGCCUAUGGUAGAUCCUGAGGCACAGGCACCCACCAAGCAGCCCCCCAAAAGCUCCCCCAAUACAGUCAAGAGGCCCACCAAGAAAGGCCGAGACCGAGGCGGCAAGGGCCAAAAACCCCGAGGGAAGGAACAACUGGCCAAGAGAAAGACCUUCUCUCUGGUCAAGGAGAAGAAGGCAGCUAGGACCCUGAGUGCCAUCCUGCUGGCCUUCAUCCUCACCUGGACACCAUAUAACAUCAUGGUGCUGGUGUCUACCUUCUGCAAGGACUGUGUUCCCGAAACCCUUUGGGAGCUGGGCUACUGGCUAUGCUACGUCAACAGCACUGUCAACCCCAUGUGCUACGCACUCUGCAACAAAGCCUUCCGGGACACUUUCCGCCUGCUGUUGCUCUGCCGCUGGGACAAGCGGCGCUGGCGCAAGAUCCCCAAGCGCCCUGGCUCUGUGCACCGCACCCCCUCCCGCCAAUGCUAAUGGUCCCCUUCUCCUGCAUCCUUCCACCCUCAGCUCCAGGGAGAGGCCGGUGGGAAGUAUCCCGGAAAAUGGGCUGCAUCUUCAGCCCCAGAGUCCUGCUCAGGACUCCCCUGGCUUCCCAGGCCCCUGGGUCACCUUCCUGGACAGCCCAGAGAGAUUUUGCCAGCUUUCCAAACUUCGCUAUUCCCAGACAGGGAGUGAAACCCGGGGAACUGGUUUUUCUGAUCCCUGCUGUGUGGGAAUGGGCCCAGCAGGAGGAUCCGGGCUUUGGACUGUUUGCCUUGAGGCAGGAAGUCAGGAGCCAGCAGGGCGGGCCAGUAGUUUAAAGGUGCAGUCUUCCUUGACCCAGCAGGGGGCCUGGAUUGCAGUGGUGAUAGCACCCACUGCAUGUACUUAUGGGAGAUCACACCAAGCACAGAGAGAAAGGUUUGGAACAGGAGGGAGGUGGUGAGCCCUGGCUGGAAGUCCCUCCUUGCGCAGGCAGAGCUCAUCCAGGUAGGACCUAGGCACACUCUCCAGGAUUGUCCAACCUCCCUACCAAUGUCCCCAGGUCAGCCCUAGGUGGGUCACCUCUAAGGCAAAUGUCCAAGCGUGAGCAGGACAAUGACACCAUAGGAGACCAGCUUGGUUAAACACACCAAGUGCCAAAGCAGCAU